AUGUUUGCAUUUUGUCUAGUAGCAUGGGUGAUUGGUCUAAUCACAUUUAUUGUGGGUAUAGUGGCACGUGUAAAUGGAAGUUUUGGAAUUUUGGAUUCACAUAUUCCAGCUGUACAUGCAGGUGCUAACUUGCUCAUAGCUGUUGGCUUCUUUAUUAUGUUAAUGGGAUUCUUGGGCUGUUGUGGAGCUAUUCGUGAAAGUCAGUGUAUGCUAUUCUUAUUCUUCGCAUUCGUCUUCUUCUGUUUUACUUUGCUUAUGGCGGCUGGUUUAUGGGCUGUUGCUUGGUCGUCUAAGGUGAAUCACUACAUUAUCGUUACUUAG